AUGGAUUCAACCUGGCAUUCGUCCACUCGUCCACUCGUCCACUUUCCCACUUUCCCACUUUCCCACUCGUCCACUCUCCUCUCUUUCCCGCCUUUUCUCAGCGCCCCUUCUUCACCCUUCCACCUUCCACAUUCACCCUCCCUCGUCGCUCACAUCUCUCCUCCUUCAGUUCUCAGCCCUGCAAUGGCUCCUCCACAGGCCUGUGUCCACUCCAUCCGCCUAUCAAUCAAUCGUUCAAGGGUUUCGACUCAGUCGCUUGUCUGCAUGGCCUACUCAUCACACAACUCACUCAGACCAUCACACACCCUCCCACUCUCACUUACAGGCACAAACACAUACACGUCCUUGCAAACACUUGCCCAUCCAUCCGUUCGCAUUUAUGCAACCAUAACAACACACACACACACACACACGCACAGACAGACACACAAGACUGCAUUUGCCGGCCACAUCAGUCCCCCACCAGAUGAGUGUUGUGUGCGUAUCCACGUCGAAACGGCCUUGUUUGCUCGGCAUUCAGGCUUAUCCCGAAUCUGUCACGAAUGGGAAAAGUGUCCAUCCCUCGCCGGCUUGCCUCUGCCUCUCUCAGCUUUCUUUCGCCUCAUUCUCAUUGCCCUUUCGACCCUUCACUUUCUCCAUUAUCUCAAGUCACAUUCUUUUCCCAUCUCAUCCACCUGCUCUCUCGCUCGGCCUUCAUCUCGAGUUGACAUUAGUCCUUUCCUUUCCUAUUUAUCCCCAAUUCUCUCGCCUUUCCAUCACCCCAUUUGGGCACGCACGAGCAUGCACACACCUCCAAACACACGCCUCUUAGACUAA